UGUUUGCUCAUCCCCGUUAGUGGAUGAAGUCCAUCGGGCUAUUUCAUAAGAGGACUGUAGGCCUACAAGGUCCAUAUGGGGUGAAAUCAGAAUUGAGAGGGGUUCACCGAACGAAAUCGGGACUCAGAGAAAUGAAGUCACGUCAUGAUUGUUUAUCGCCCUCUGUGUUUAUGAAAGGAGCUAGCAUUCCAUUCAAAGAAUAAUCACUUGAGAACAUUGCACACUGGCUACUCAGAGGGGAAUGGCCUGGAGUCUUAUCUGAAAGGAUUCAAUUUUACAGGAGAACCCCCUUGGCUGCUCUGCACCUGAUAAAGAAUAAAUCAUUCCAUCUCUUUUUUGUUCAAUUCUUUUGCAAUCCAAAGUUGGAAUCAUGAACUCUUUCACUCCCGCUGACUUUGACUUCACCUUCUUGGAGGAGGGUUUCUGUGCACGGGACAUUGUGGAUCAGAACAUUAAUGAAAUGUCCAUGUCUGAUGACAAGGAUGCCUUCUAUGUUGCUGACCUUGGGGACGUCUUGAAGAAGCACCUGCGCUGGGCUCGUGCCUUGCCCCGGGUCCAACCCUUCUAUGCCGUUAAGUGUAACGAUAGCAAGGCGGUGGUCACGACUCUGGCCUCCGUGGGAGCUGGUUUCGAUUGUGCAAGCAAGACGGAGAUCCAGCUGGUGCAGUCUCUGGGUGUGGAGUCCAGCCGCAUCAUCUACGCCAACCCCUGCAAACAGGUGUCCCAGAUCAAGUACGCCUCGGCCCACGGUGUCCAGAUGAUGACCUUUGACAAUGAGGUGGAGCUCAUGAAGGUGGCCCGCUGCCAUGACAAUGCCAAGCUGGUUUUGCGCAUUGCCACGGACGACUCGAAGGCCGUGUGCCGUCUGAGCAUCAAGUUCGGAGCCACACUGAAGAACAGCCGGGUGCUGCUGGAGCGUGCGCUGGAGCUGGGGCUGGACGUCAUCGGCGUCAGCUUCCAUGUGGGGAGUGGCUGCACUGACCCCGAGACCUACACCAAGGCCAUCUCUGAUGCCCGCUGUGUCUUUGAUAUGGGGGCUGAGUUGGGAUACGACAUGACACUCUUGGACAUUGGGGGUGGUUUUCCCGGAUCAGAAGACACCAAGCUGAAGUUUGAAGAGAUCACAGCUGUCAUCAACCCUGCACUGGAUAAAUACUUCCCUGCUGACUCUGGGGUGAAGAUCAUUGCUGAGCCUGGCCGCUACUAUGUAGCCUCAGCCUACACGCUCGCCGUCAACAUCAUUGCCAAGAAAGUUGUGAUGAAUGAGCAGUCUGCCUCUGAUGAGGAAGACGAUGGGACCAAUGACCGUACCGUGAUGUAUUAUGUUAACGAUGGCGUCUAUGGGUCCUUCAACUGCAUCUUGUACGACCAUGCCCAUGUGUUGCCAACAUUGCACAAGAAACCCAAGCCAGACGAGAGGCUGUACCCAUGCAACAUCUGGGGUCCUACUUGUGAUGGCUUGGACCGCAUUGUGGAGAACUCCACCCUACCUGACCUGCAGGUGGGCGAAUGGCUGCUGUUUGAGAACAUGGGGGCUUACACUGUGGCUGCCUCCUCAACCUUCAACGGCUUCCAGAGGCCCGACAUCCAUUAUGUCAUGUCCCGUGCAGCCUGGCAGUGCAUGCAGCAGAUCCGUGCCCAGGGGAUGCCCGCCCCUGUGGAAGAGUCGAGCCAGGGCAGCAUGCCGUCCUGCUGUGGGCGUGAGAGCGGCCUUGAGCUCCCAGCCAAGCCCUGUCCCACCCAUGUGCUGUGAACGCCACCUGCAGCGCCACCCCAUCCACCAUGCACAUAGCAUUGAUGCACACAGCUCACUGAUAAACCAGUACGCCAGUCUUACAGUGUUUCUUCAUUUACCACCGAUCCAUCAGCCAGUAAACAUAUGAAUGGUCUAGAAUUCAAAUCUAGUCAUUCAGGGCAGACUUUUCACGCAUUCAGUGAGUCUGUGUGAGCGUGUGUGUGUUUUGUUCAUAACUGUAUGGGGCCCACACUCCUGACUCAUUAGCAGACGCACACACAUCUCAUCCAGUGUUGUUUUUGUUUUUUCUCCUCCCGCUGUUCUCCUCUUGUCUUUAUUUUUUUGAUUUGCAUUGAAAGGCCAGUUACUUGACUGAGAACGUGAAGGGGGAAACAUAUAAGCAUGAUUUCAUUUCCUAGUAUGAAGGAUGGAGGUGAAAUCCUGAUCUGAUCUCAAUCUCCAAAGCAUCACUCAUGAAUACAUCUAAUUGCACUCAAGGUGUUGUUCUGUGGACGGCAAUUCUCAGAGUGCGUUGUUAACGAGAAAGGGCUGCAUUUCAGGAAAUGGCUGCUAUAAAUGUAUUUAAGUUCUCCAAUCUCCUCUUCCAUACUGAAAUAUGCAGAUAUGCCCUUCAUAUUCUCGGAAUUUCUUUCUGUUCUCCUUUUGUUAAACAUUUAUGUAUUUUUAUUUGCUAGUAAGUAUGUUAAUAUUAAUAAGCAAGAGGAUGUAGUUGCCAUCAACAAUGCAUUUGGAAGUGAAUUACGAAGAGAUGGGAUUGCAUGUAUAAUUUGCUUUCCUAUGGAAACCUUUUUUAAUUUUUGUAUUUUUUUAUAAAUAAAAUAAUGUAGUUGCAA